CCAUUGAUAAGAGGCAUGGUUCUGAGGUUUCCCCAAUUUAAUGACUCCUUUUUAGUUUUUUUAAUACUACAGGCCUUUAAGCUUUCCCUCGUUACAAUGUGGGAAGAGAGACAGAGAUCUGUCCUCGUGGAGGGCACUGAAGCUCUUAACAGGACGUCUGCGAGUCUCACAAGGGCUGAGCAGUGCGCUGUCGAGACCGAGUCGUUAGGGACUAACGUCAUUUCUGAGCUCGCCGAGCAGAGAGAGACACUGCUCAGGGCUUCAAACCGCCUUGGUGACGUUGAGACCUCCCUCACAAAAUCACAACAGUUGAUCAAUUUUAUGAAAAGGGGGGUACUGAUGAACAAAGUCAUACUUGUUGUUAUUAUUAUAAGUGAAAUUUGCAUACUCGCGGCUUUGAUUUAUUUAAAAUUUAUCCGCCAUUAAUUAUACCCAUUGUAUAAUAGUUCCUCAAUGUAUUUUUAUUCAAUUAUUUUUUACCAUUUUUAAUUACCGUUUUAUUUAAUUGUCUAUCUUUUAUUAAGUUAUAUUCACACAUGUUAGCAUUCCUAUAUGACUAAUUAUUUAAAAAAAUAUAUAUAUAUCUUUUUAAAAUAAUUUUUUCUAACACAAAUUAAUAUACAUUCUAUU